UUCCUCUAUCCACUUGGUCCACUCUGGCCCAUUUUGUAGAAGGUUUAUUUUCUUUUCACUUUGUCCUUUUUGUUGGUUUCAUUUCACCCCACCCUCUUAGAUGCAUCCAUGCUCCUCCUUUCCUGCAUUUUUUCCCCCUGGCUCCUCAUGGCAUGCUGAGUUUGGGAGUGCAGGAGGGAGAUGCCUUAAAAACGCUGACAGGCUAUAACACUCUCAGAGAGACGGCCCAGUCAACGCAAGCAUCCUCACUGCAGCCCAGCAGAGCUUCUGUGGACCCUCAUGUUUGGACCUGCCAAGAUAAAGAUGCUGGUGUUGAGCCUGGUACUUCUGAUGGUGGUGUUUGCCAAAUGGGCUGAGCCGUACGUAGCACAAUCCCGGGAUGCAGACCAAGACACAUAUGAGCCCAGAGAAAAGCAGAGAUCCCCAGAAUACUACAGAGAUGGCAGUGGAACUGAGUGCAGGCGGUGUUGUGACCCUGCAGAGGAGGCCCCACAGUAUGCCAGUCCAUACCCGCAGUACAAUAUUGUACCAAAGAUAAACAUCACCAUCCUAAAAGGGGAGAAGGGAGACACUGGUGAGCAAGGACUUUAUGGGAAAACAGGCAAGUCUGGGCAAACCGGACCCCGAGGGCCCUAUGGCAUGAAAGGAAACAAGGGCAGCAUUGGUGCUCCCGGAGAACCCUGUAAAUCCUACUACGCUGCCUUCUCUGUGGGCCGGAAGAAGGCACUACACAGCAAUGAUUACUACCAGACCAUGAUCUUUGACUCAGAGUUUGUCAACUUGUAUGGCCACUUCAACAUGUUCACGGGCAAGUUCUUUUGCUAUGUUCCCGGCAUCUAUUUCUUCAGCCUGAAUGCGCACACUUGGAACCAAAAGGAAACAUACCUGCACGUGAUGAAGAAUGAAAAGGAGAUGGCCAUCUUGUACGCUCAGCCCAGCGAUCGCUCCAUCAUGCAGAGCCAGAGCCUAAUGCUGGAGCUGGAGAGGGAUGACCAGGUGUGGAUUCGGCUCUAUAAGGGCGAAAGAGAGAAUGCUGUGUUUAGUGAUGACUUUGACACCUACAUCACAUUUAGUGGUCACCUUAUUAAGGCAAAGUCAGAAGGUUAAGCAGAGCCAAUCUAUGGACAGCAGGGAUUUAUGUAACAGUGUCUAUUAAAUGAGAUGCAAUUUCUUUUUACCCUUUUUUGUAAUAUAUUUUUAACAGUUUUACAUGGUACUUCAGGAGGAACAUUGGUUUAUAUUUAUGAUCCAAUACUGUAAUGUCCUUUGUGUCUGACCAUCUUUAACUUUGUUACAGAGGCUGGGCUACUUGACAAACGUGGUAUUAUGGGUUAUUGCGCUAAUAACAUUUAAAUCAAUACAAAUCUGUAUCUACAAUCAAAAAAUUAUUUUAAGACAAUAUCAUAUAAAUACAUAUAUAAAGACAACAGUAUCAUAAUUUAACAGAGAUUUUGCACAAUAUUUAUGCAGGCCUUUUUCAUGUGUAGAUAAAUCAGCAAUCAUUUAACAGAUUAAUUGAAAUUAUCAUAUUAUAUCUAUUAUAAUAUAUAGAAAUCAGUGUUAAAUUGGUUCUUGAAAAUGGAAAGUGGUGCAACAAUUAUAAUUUACGAUUAAUUCAACAAAUAAUGCAAAUUCAGUUAAAAAAUAAAAUCAUUAAAUCAAAAGACGAUGUACCAUAUUUUCAGAAAAGCUUAAUUAAUACCAAAUAAUUUAUUACAUGAAAAAAACAAGUAAACUGAAACAGUGAUUUAUGACAAAUAUUUUGGUAAAUAAAUAUUUUGAUCAUUUACAGUAUUGUAGAAUGAGAAAAUAGACUACUUAGUCUGUGCUGCAGACAACUAGGGUAUAUUUACAUUCACAUUUAGUCAUUUUGCAGUCACUUUUAUCCAAAGCGACUUACAAUUGGGGGAUACAUAAAGCGAUUCUUCUUCAAGAGGCAAAAAAGUGCUUACAAUACCAGGUUUUAGACAUUGUUCAAAUAAGUACAAGCUAGAAAAAGAAAGAAUAAAUAAAACAUUUUAUUUAAAUUUUUUUUUACGAUGAAACCAAGUAGUUUCGAAAAGAGAUACGUUUUCAGCUGUCGCUUAAAAAUUGUUAGGGAUUCAGCAUUUCGUAUAGGCGUUGGAAGAUCAUUCCACCGGCCAGGAAUGGUGAACGAGAAUGUUCUGGAAAGU